AGUCCACAUCCAGAAGACUGGAGCCGUGUUUCACUGACAGGCUGUCAGACUAACGCCCUGAUGAGCUCAGCUGGGACAAACUGGUCUGAUGUUUAGAACGCUCAGAUGUUGGAGCUUCACGUCACCUACUGAGGAGCACCAGUAAAGAGACGGCGUCUGGACCAGACCAAAUUUUCUUUAACUCGUGAGAGCAGCGCACCGCACAGUAGCCGACUCCUUCGCACACGGGGAUAAACGGCAGUACUGGUUUUUCAAAUUUUGUGUCAGUUUAAGGAAGAAGGAAGAGCUCCUGAAGAACUGAGGCCUCCUUUGAACCAGAAGGACAUGGAGCCCCUCAACAUGAAGCAGGAAGAGGAGGAGCAGCUUGAUGAGAUUAAAACUGAUGCCACCAACAUUUCAUUCUCUGCAGUUUCUCAUCAGGUUAAGGAAGAAGGAAGAGAAGUUCUGUUGUCACAGUUUGAUCAGAACCAACCUAAAGACAGAGAUCUUCCAACCAGCAGCACCACUGACCAGAUGAAAGCAGAAAUUGGUAGAGAGGACUGUGGAGGAGCAGAAACUACCAGGAAUCCAGAUCUAAAUCUUUAUGAAUAUGAUUCUAACUCUUCAGAGACUGAAGUCAGCAAUGAUGAAGAUGAUGACCAGGAUGGCAACAAUUCUGACUGUCAACUGAAACUCUUGUCAGAUUCUGAGCCAAACACCAAAGAUCAUAACAAAGACUUGAAGCAGAGCAGGUCUUCUAAAUCACAUGUGAAGGCUGUCAAAUCUUUCAGCUGCCCAGAGUGUGGUGAACAGUUUCUCCAUGAGCGGUCUCUCCAGAAACACAUGAGAGUGACAAGUCCUUCAGGACUGAAGUCUUCAAGCUGUUGUGUUGAUAAGAAACGUGUUAGAGUGAAGCAAAAUGUAGACUCUAGCAGGAAAGUUCGGACAAAACUAAAAUCAUUUAGUUGUGACGACUGUGGAAAAAGUUUCAGCUGCAUAUCAAACUUAAACGUUCACAUGAGAGUCCACACAGGAGAGAAGCCUUUUGCUUGUGAGCUCUGUGAAAAAAGAUUUAGUGAUAAGUCAAGUUUAAACAGACACAUGAGUGUCCACACAGGACAGCAGCCUUUUGCCUGUGAGCUCUGUGGACAAAGAUUCACACGCAAGGGAAAUUUAGACACACACAUGAGAGUUCACACAGGACAGAAGCCUUUUGCUUGUGAGCUCUGUGGACAAAGAUUUACCCAAAAGGGAAAUUUAGACACUCACAUGAAAGUCCACACAGGAGAGAAGCCAUUUGCUUGUGAGCUCUGUGAAAAAAGAUUUAGUGUAAAAUCAAAUUUAAACAUUCACGUGAGAGUCCACACAGGAUGGAAGCCUUUUGCUUGUGAAUUCUGUGAAAAAAGAUUUGGUGUACAGUCAAGUUUAAACAUUCACAUGAGAGUCCACACAGGACAGAAGCCUUUUGCUUGUGAGCUGUGUGAAAAAAGAUUUAGUGAUAAGUCAAGUGUAAACACACACAAGAGAAUCCAUACAGGACAGAAGCCUUAUGCUUGUGAGUUCUGUGAAAAAAGAUUUAAUGUAAAGUCAAAUUUAAACAGUCACAUGAGUGUCCACACAGGACAGAAGCCCUUUACCUGUGAGCUCUGCGGACAAAGAUUUGCUCAAAAGGCAAAUUUAGACAGUCACACGAGAGUCCAUACAGGACAGAAGCCUUUUGCUUGUGAGCUAUGUGAAAAAAGAUUUUGUGUAAAGUCAAGUUUAAACUUUCACAUGAGAGUCCACACAGGACAGAAGCCUUUUGCCUGUGAGCUCUGCGGACAAAGAUUUACCCAAAAGGGAAAAUUAGACAUUCACAUGAGAGUCCACACAGGACAGAAGCCUUUUGCCUGUGAGCUCUGUGGACAAAGAUUUACCCAAAAGGGAAAUUUAGACACUCGCAUGAGAGUCCACACAGGACAGAAGCCUUUUUCUUGUGAUCUCUGCGGACAAUGGUUUGGCCAAAAAUCAAGUUUAAACACUCACAUGAGAGUCCACACAGGACAGAAGCCUUUUGCUUGUGAGCACUGUGGAAAAAGAUUUGCUCAAAAGACAAGUUUAAACUUUCACACGAGAGUCCACACAGGACAGAAUUAAUGAACAUAAAUUAAAUAUAUAUUUUGGGAUUUCUAAGGGUGUUGAAUGAAAUAUGCUACUGAUCUGUAAGCUCUUUUAACUAAAAUGAAAGGCAUUAGUUUUAUUAAAUGUUUUGUUUUUGGAGAAGAAAAGGUUAAAUGAAAUGUUUGUUUGCCACUAAAGUGUUUUAUUAAAUCUCUUUGUUCACUAUUCAGUUUGUUGUUCGCUCUUUCUGGAGUUUAAACGUAAAUGCUGAUGUUUUGCAAAGUGAGAAGGCUCGCCAUCAAAGUCACCAGAUUAAUCCACUCGUGUAAUUAUCUGUCAUGCAAAUAAACCUGAUCAAAAAUGAAUACCUAUAUUAUCCAUAUUGUUUGACAAUAAAUACAAAAAACAAUUAGAAACUCUGAUUCACAGUUAGCAAAAGUAUAAAUCUGGUUUUCUCACGUGAGAGUCCACACAGGACGGAAGCCUUUUGCUUGUGAAUUCUGUGAAAAAAGAUUUGGUGUACAGUCAAGUUUAAACAUUCACAUGAGAGUCCACACAGGACAGAAGCCUUUUGCUUGUGAGCUGUGUGAAAAAAGAUUUAGUGAUAAGUCAAGUUUAAACACACACAAGAGAAUCCAUACAGGACAGAAGCCUUAUGCUUGUGAGUUCUGUGAAAAAAGAUUUAAUGUAAAGUCAAAUUUAAACAGUCACAUGAGUGUCCACACAGGACAGAAGCCUUUUGCUUGUGAGCAUUGUGGACAACGAUUUGCUCAAAAGGCAAGUUUAGACAGUCACACGAGAGUCCAUACAGGACAGAAGCCUUUUGCUUGUGAGCUAUGUGAAAAAAGAUUUUGUGUAAAGUCAAGUUUAAACUUUCACAUGAGAGUCCACACAGGACAGAAGCCUUUUGCCUGUGAGCUCUGCGGACAAAGAUUGACCCAAAAGGGAAAAUUAGACAUUCACAUGAGAGUCCACACAGGACAGAAGCCUUUUGCCUGUGAGCUCUGUGGACAAAGAUUUACCCAAAAGGGAAAUUUAGACACUCACAUGAGAGUCCACACAGGACAGAAGCCUUUUUCUUGUGAUCUCUGCGGACAAUGGUUUGGCCAAAAAUCAAGUUUAAACACUCACAUGAGAGUCAGCACAGGACAGAAUUAAUGAACAUAAAUUAAAUAUAUAUUUUGGGAUUUCUAAGGGUGUUGAAUGAAAUAUGCUACUGAUCUGGAAGCUCUUUUAACUAAAAUGAAAGGCAGCAGUUUUAUUAAAUGUUUUGUUUUUGGAGAAGAAAAGGUUAAAUGAAAUGUUUGUUUGCCACUAAAGUGUUUUAUUAAAUCUCUUUGUUCACUAUUCAGUUUGUUGUUCGCUCUUUCUGGAGUUUAAACGUAAAUGCUGAUGUUUUGCAAAGUGAGAAGGCUCGCCAUCAAAGUCACCAGAUUAAUCCACUCGUGUAAUUAUCUGUCAUGCAAAUAAACCUGAUCAAAAAUGAAUACCUAUAUUAUCCAUAUUGUUUGACAAUAAAUACAAAAAACAAUUAGAAUCUCUGAUUCACAGUUAGCAAAAGUAUAAAUCUGGUUUUCUCAAUCAUCAGACUUUUGUGCAACAGUUAUUAACCAGAGUAUGUACAAUGAACUGUUUUUAACGUUUUUCAGGUAAAAUAGUGCAAACUUAUUUGAAAUAACGGCAUAAGAUUUGCUCACCGAUUCCAGAGUUCAUCUAGCUCCACUGCACGGUGUAGCGGCUCUCCCUCGCACAUCUACACAUAACAUUUUACUUUCUGUAAUUACAAAUCCAAGUUUCACUGUGACAUAUAGAAAAAGUUCAUGUACAAGUUAGAAGGUUUUACUUUGCUGUUUAACGCUAACAGGGUAAGCAUCGGAUGGAAAGGUAGCAAAAGCAGGUUAGCUUCAUGUGGCGCUCAGCAAACUGGACAAAACCCGCCACUUCCAUCGGUCUAGCUGCUUCACUUCACUCCCAAACCAAGGAAGAUUCAUCCACCGGCAACUAAUCCAGCUUCUUUGUUCCAUUCUUUCUGAUUUUGUAAUGUCUUGGGUGCAACCUGAGGUGGAAAGAGUACUACAAUUUCCUACUUAAAGGUAUAGCACACUCCCAGCGCCUGUUUACAAGUCCCUGCCGGCCAUAAUGUGUAAUAAGAGGCUCUAAAAACUGCAUGCAGAACGUUGGCUUACCUCUCGAGCAGAAAACCGGCAACAGCGGCAUCUCUGGGGAGCAGACUGGACCGCGUUUUCCUCUUCCUGAUUUCCAUGAGAGUGCGGGGUUGCACAGAGUACGCAUGCGCAGGAAGUGAAAACUAACCCAGGAUUGGCUUCACCAGAAAUUGACAUUAUUGCGGACCAAUGGUUGACGUGAUCCACCCGGAAGAAAAACAUUGAUUGCUAUACCUUUAAAUACUAGUACCAAUACUUUGAUAAUUUUUUACUCAAUUACAAGUAAAGUACUUGCCUAAAUUUUUACUCAAGUAAAAGUAAAAAGUAUCUUAAAUAAAAUGUACUCAAAGUAAAAGUUACUUACAUUUAUGUCAGUGUAAAGAUGGCUACAUCUAAGUAGUAAAAAAUCACAAUGCCAGUUCACAACACGUCCGUGUGGAUAUUUUAUCCAAUCAGUAAGAACUGGACGUGCACAUUGAUUGGACGAGGUUCUUCUAGGAUUGUGAUUAAAAUUAUUCUUUAUUUUGAGAAAGAAAAAAUAUAUUUUUAGACACCAUCAGCAUGUGAGGUAUCUCAAUGUUCUCAUGACUAAACUCUAACAUGAGACUGUGCUCUAACCUGUCACAUAACAAGCUAAAUGAAAGUCAAACAUUUCAGAUGGACCGUAUGACAGCUGCUAACGUUGGCCCUGCCCUACUUUACCUCUACAUUACAGUUCCUUUAUCCAUGUCCAUCCUAGAGCUCCUCUCUGACCUUCAUGCUUAUUUAGAGCAGCUGAUUUUUAAAGUUAGAGUUCAUCCUUGGUAGUGGGUUCACUCACUCAUUUAACCCUUCACCACUGAAAUCAGUUUGUUCAUUCCAAUCCUCCUAAAUAAUCCUCCAAUCAUCCAGCUGGAAUCCUUAAGGGUCCCGUAACAUCCAUCCUAUCAGAACAGGCCUUGGGAGCCCAGGUGUUACUAGAACUAAUGGUGUCUCCUCACCAGCGUGAGCCUCCAAACUGUGAAGGUUGGUCUCCAAACAAGAACUUUAAAUUCAUGCAUUUAUCUCCUCUUGUAACACUUUAACAUGUUUAAAAGGCUUGUAUCAUGAUAAGUUACACCUCCCAGACCAAAGAUAAGAUAAAAUAUUAUCAUAAACACUAUUGAGACGUCAUUUAUGAAAUACAAGUUAUUUUUGUUCACCAUUACUUCAACCACAUAAUAAGAUGCAUGGAUUUGAGGAACCACACUGUCUCAUGCAGUCCUAAAUGUGUAACACACACACACAUGCACACACACACACACACACCACUUUAAAUGCCUUUUUAAAGUGUAUUUGAAUUAUCUUCCAGUUCUUUUUCUACCACAAGGUGUGCACCAGCACCAAUGAGCAGACAUGAAAAAGAUAAGUAUUAAACUACUCUAGGGGGUCUGGGAGCAUGCUCCUGGUUCCCUGUCGCCAGCCCCCCAAACUCCUCUGCCCCUCCUUCCUGGUCCCCCUCCUCCCGCCCUGCUCUGGUUUCCUGUGGGCGUCUGGAAUCCGCCCUUGAGGAGGGGGGGUUCUGUCAUGACUCCCAGGCCUAGUCCACACAUAGCCGGGUUUUUUAAAAAUGAAUAUCCGCCCCUCCAAAAACUUGCAUCCACACCACCGCGUUUUAAAAACAAACUCUGUCCACACGUACCCGGAUAAAUAAGUUGUUAAGGACAUGCCAGACCUGUAGGCAGCAAUACUUCCCCCGGUCUUGACCUCGUCCUUCGUCUGUGGUCUUCCGCGAGGAGCAGUAAUUCCGCUUGCAUAAACAAACAAGCAGAAAGCGCUUGGACAAUUGAUGGAUCGGGUAGUGACAGAGCGCAGCUCUGAGGGCUUCCAUGAUGCCGGCUAGUGUAAACACAGGUCGCACACGUGAUGUCAGCAUUUUUUUGUCGCGGAAAGUGAUGUUGCGGACCUAAAAACUCCGGUUUUGUCUGUCCACACGCAGACACCCAAAACGAAGAAAACGCAGAUCUUCACUUUGGCUGGUGUUUUUAAAAAGAUCCGUUUUCGUGUGAAAAAAUCCGUUUUCGUGUGGAUGACAGGCCAAAACGUAGAAAAAGUUGUGGUAAAUGUUUUAGUGUCAGUAGUAACUUGAUUUAUCACAUGAGAACACAACACAGGUGAGAAGCCAUAUCCAUGUAAAACUUGUGGUAAAUGUUUUACUGCCAGUAGUGACUUGACUACACACAUGAGAACUCACACAGGUGAGAAGCCAUAUCCAUGUAACACUUGUGGUAAAUGUUUUACUUACAAUAGUGACUUGACUAAACACAUGAGAACUCACACAGGUUAGAAGCCAUAUCCAUGUAAAACUUGUGGUAAAUGUUUUAGUGUCAGUAGUAACUUGAUUUAUCACAUGAGAACACAACACAGGUGAGAAGCCAUAUCCAUGUAAAACUUGUGGUAAAUGUUUUAGUGACAGUAGUAACUUGAUUUAUCACAUGAGAACACAACACAAGUGAAAAGUAUUUUCCAAGUUUGGUCUGUAAGAGAUUCAGCCAGAUAUUUUCUUUAACUUCUCGUGAAAAUUCACACUUGAGUUUGAAUACAUUAAAAUGUGUGGGGUUUUUUUUUCUUAAAGUUGAGAAGAAUUGAGAUUUUGACUACUUUUAGUCACAUAUACCUUAGGCAUAAACUAGCCCAGUGUGACACAUGUACAGAAAUAUCUUUAGGAUGAGCGUUGAUGGAAAAAGUAUAAAAAAAGGCAAAAUUGCUUUUUAUGUCUAAUUGUGGACUCUGUUUAUAUUUAAGCCCUAAGUUUAAGGUGUGGUUGACUGACUAAAAAAAAUAAUAAUUUUUUUUGUAA